CUAGAUAGACUAGAGCAAAGUACCAGUUAGACGCACAAUACAAACACUUGUGUGAAACAAUUUAAUACUGCAUUUACUGCAGCUUUACCUUGGGCUUCAGACAUAUUUGAACCAAAAGAAAGCUACUGCAAAGGAAACAUUUAACAUGGCAGCUGGUGAGAGAAUGAAUGCUGAUGACUGCAAUGGACAUUCAUAUAUGUCAGCCAGUGGAGGAGAGACAGCGACGGAGCGUGGUGAUUUCUGUGGAGGUCUGAGGGUUCCGACAGUGAGAACACCAAACAGUCAACAGCCCUCUCUCAACCGAUCUCUCAGUGUGAACUCUAUUAAGGUAGAACUUGACAGUGAUGAUGAGCCUGUUGGUGCUCAACAGCCAGAGAGGAGAAAAGGAGAGAGAGAUGAAGGAUGGAGGGAUGAGCGAGGGAACAAAAUAGAAGACGGGAGUGGAGAGCUGGGAGGAAGGGUGGUUCGAGGAAGUGGUUACAGGGAGCUGGCCAGUCCUCAGCCUGCGUCCCCCGGUCCCAUCCGACUGCCCAAUGGGAAGCUCCAAUGUGACGUGUGUGGAAUGAACUGUAUCGGGCCCAAUGUACUGAUGGUGCACAAGCGCAGCCACACAGGUGAGCGUCCGUUCCAGUGUACCCAGUGUGGAGCCUCCUUCACCCAGAAGGGGAACAUGCUGCGCCACAUAAAGCUGCACUCUGGAGAGAAACCCUUUAAAUGUCCCUUCUGUAACUACGCCUGCCGCCGCCGGGACGCACUCUCUGGACACAUCCGCACACACACUGUGUCCUCUCCGACAGUGGGUAAACCUUACAUGUGCAGUGACUGUGGUCGUAGCUACAAGCAACAGAGCACCCUGGAGGACCACAUUGAACGCUGCCACAACUACCUAAAGAGUCUACAGGACCAUCAGCCAGCACUCAGCACUGACCACACUGCAAAGGGCAUAGAGCCGGUGCCUGAGCCAGAGGCUGUCCUCCAGCUGUCCACUGAGAAACUGUCCUUUAUAGAUAGACUGGCUAACAGCAUCACCAAACGCAAGAGGUCCACUCCACAGAAGUUUUUGGGAGUAAAGCACAUGAGGCUCAACGAGCCUGAUAUAACUUCUGAACUGUCCCCUAGACCUGAAAAGGAUAAGGAUGUGGACCUGCACUCUGCACCCAACUCUCACCUUGAGGGAGGGUUAGUGGGGAUGGGGGGCAGGUAUCUCCGCAGGUGUGGAGGUGAUGAGGACCCUGGGUCUGAGCCCCCUCAGCUGGCCCUGCCCCUGCCCUACCCUGCUUGCCAGUCCCUGUCUGACCCCAGCCCAGUCAUCAGCUCUGUUUACAGCCACCUGACUCCUCUGGGUCUCCAGGUCAAUGGAGCUGUAGGUGGGCAUGGAGGUGGGGUAGUGGCCAGGUCUGUGGAGCUCGCUGGGCGGGAAGCAGGCGAGGGACACAAGGACAUACCCUCAGGUCACAGCCCCACGGUCAGCAAAGGCUACAACCCCAGCAACGGCCCCAGCAAUGGCUGCCAUGAUUUCAAAGACCAGUCCAACCCGGAGAGCACAGCAGAGGGGCAGCAGAGCGCCGGUGUUACAGCUCCAACCAGCAACUCCAACAACCACCACUUCCUCCCUCACCUACAGUACGUAGCCCCAGCCCCGCCCCGCCGUCCAAACCCAAAUCCCAGACACGCCCAAGACCCAGACAUAGAGAGGGAGAGAGGGUACACCGUCACCACCAUCCCCACCACUGUGAAGGGAUCGGGGAGCCCUGGUUCAGGGUCACCACCCAUCUCCAGGGAGGCUUCUAUACAGGUACAGGUGGUGGACAGGGCGGGGCGAGCGGUGCAGUCAUUCCGCUGUGAGCACUGUCGCAUGUUCUUCCUGGACCACGUGAUGUUCACCAUCCACAUGGGCUGCCACGGAUUCCACCAGCCCUUCCAGUGCAACGUUUGUGGCCACCGCAGCCGGGACUGCUACCAGUUCACCUCGCACAUCAUCCGCGGGGAGCACCUGGUGGGCUGAGGACGUGAGUGAAGGGAGGAGAGCCGGUCCCAACUGCCCUACCCCUUAGCCCUUCCCCUUCAAUGUUUACACAAAUCUGAAGGGUCUGGAUAGGUAUAAUCAGUGUACUGGUGGAGAUUUCACUGUAUUGCUUCCACAUUACAGAUCUACACACAUCAAACAGUUAGGGCCAAGGAGAAGGGAGUGGGAGCAAAUUGAGACCAGCUGGGG